AUGGUCAAAUUUUUACUUAAAGUCUCGGCGGAAUUAGAUAAUGUUACUGCUCUCGAGCCUUAUGACACGCCCCAGGAUCCAUUCUAUUAUACUUUUCGUAUUGAAUGUACCAAAUGUCGAACUAUUCACGAUAAAGAGAUUCAAAUAACUCAAUACGAGAAGCAUGAAAUCUCAGGCUCAAGAGGUGAGGCAAGCUUUGUUUUCCGUUGCAAAGAGUGUAAGAAUGAACAUUCUGCAAGUAUUGAGAGAACAAAGGAGAAGUUAGAGCAAGGAAACAGCAAGCCUGUAUCGAUUUUAGAAAUUGAUGCAAGAGGGUUGGACUUUAAUGAGUUUAUUCCCGAUGGAAGGUUCCAAGCAAAAGGAUUGGAUACAGGUACAUUGUUCACGGAGGUGGACUUGGAGGAUCUGGAAUGGUACGAUGUUGAUGAAAAAACUAAUGAGGAAGUAUCAAUUGUGGAUGUAAAGUGGACAAUCUCAAGGUCAUAG